CCUAUUGCCGCCUGCUAACCUGUCAAGUUUGUUACCCAAUUAACUUCUCAAAACUCCCCACCUUCCUCCCCCAUUUUCUCUCCCGCCGUUUCUCCGAUCAAAAUGCUACAACCGAAAUCCGACCUCCGCGCCUCCUCGAUGCCGCGCGCGGUUGCCCCGCCGUCGGAGAAAGUUAUCGUCGCCGUCAAAGCGGAGAAGCCGGUCUCCAAGGCGGCGAUGGCCUGGGCUCUGUCUCACGUCGCUUGUCCCGGAGAUUGCAUUACGCUUGUCGCCGUUUUUCCAGAUCGGAAACCUGAGAGGAAAAGGUUUUGGGGGUUCCCUAAGCUGAACGGAGACUGCGGCAGUGACCGGGUGAACUCGCCGGCGGAUCGGAUAUGUCAAAUCACCGACUCUUGCUCUGAGAUGGUUCUACAAUUUAAAGACCAAAUCGAUGUAACAAAAGGGAUUGUAGCAUGGAUGGUGGAUUGUGCAAAAACAAAACCGCUCACCGGUCAAAUCAGCCGGUUCUUACCAGUUCAAGCUGGUUUGGGCCAGUUCAAUGCACAUGGUGGUCUUUGAGGCUGGAGCGAACCGGUUUGGCUCCUGGAUCGCCGGUUCCCGGUCCGAACCGACCGAUCCGGUUUUUAAAACUAUGUCUACACCACUAAGGGCCUGUUCUUUAGGACUGAAAAAAAAGAACGGGAUGUUGAAAGAAACUGGAAAAAAAUGG